UUAUUUUUAUCAAAUAAUUUAACAGUUCAGAAUAAUGGAUUCGGAUACUUCGUUUGUCAAAUUGUUGUGCUAUUUACUAUGUUUGGAUAUAAAAAAAUUGAUUCCUUAAAUAACUGAAUAUUUUAAUAAUUUCUAGUGAAAGCAAUCUCGUAAUUCUUACAAACAAGGUUCGAUUCAAGAGGUUUCUUAAGAUUUAUAGAAAAACACUGUUAAUUCUAUUGAUCCCAGUAAUCUUUAUGCCUAUUGCAUUUAUAGGCAAGAAUAAUGAGAUUUUUUACAUCCAGGCGUCACAUCAUUUCUUCCAAUCGUGUUUUUCACCAUAAUGGGAACAUUCAACAAGAAAUUGAUAAACACAGUAAGAUAAUCAUAAGUAACUCUGUGCUGGACUGCGUAGCUGUUAUGGCGAUGAUCCUAGCCGUGGAACAUAGCAACAUACACAAACGAGCAGCUAUUAAAAUUCUGCUGAUAUUUGGCUGUUCACAUUUUAGAUUAAGCUUUAUUUUAUUUAUGUCCACUGCUGUGUUAUCUAUGUGGUUCUCCAACUGCAUGGCAUGUGGCCUUAUGAUGCCAUUGGUCAAGGCAAUUUUGAAGGAACUAGAAAAAAUGGGAAUAAUGGAAACUUACGAAAUAAUAGGCAAAGUAACAUCAGACUCUAUUAAUAAUGAGAAAUAUACUCCGAGACCGUCCGAUUUUACGAUAUUUUACUUCAUCGGCAUCGCCUAUUCUUCAUCAAUAGGUGGAAUGGCAACUUUCGUUGGUAGUGAGACGAAUCAACUCUUUAUGAACUAUUGUGCUGCAAUCUUCCCAGAUGGACCGAAGGUAGAGUCGCCCCGGUAUUUGUUACUAACUCUACCCGGUGUAAUAAUAAUGGAAAUGUUUCUGUAUUUGUGGCUAAACUUCUAUUUCUUGGGAAUGCUGAGGGUCCAAAACUACACAGCUCUCCAAGCCAGUCUGACCAGUGAUGAAGAACAGUUCAUAUCUGUGUUGCUAGCUAGACAGUAUCAGCAGAUGGGGAAAAUUAAAUUUCCCGAAAUGGUUGUAGGUACUGCAGUAAUUAUGGCAGCAAUUCUUCAGGCAAUGGUCUAUAGUAAUUCCACGUCCUAUAGUGAUGAUGAUAAAUUUAAUACCAGACGUUAUGUAACCACAUCAGUGCCGUCUAUAAUUUGCGUUCUUAUUCUAUUCUUGAUACCAAGCAACAUGGCCUGCUUGAAGUUCUGUAGAAAACAAAACGAUGAUUCUGAACCUCUACCUACAUCUGCCAGUGGAGGGUUCUUGACGUGGUCCAUGGUAAAGAAUAACCUAGAUUGGACUGUUAUCUUCCUAACAGCUAGCGCCAACAUAACUUUCGAUUCCCUGGAAGACUCCGGCAUGACAGAAGAAUUCGAGAAGUUUCUAUCGCUGUUCACCGCUUGCCCCCCAACAGCUCAAGCCUGCAUCGUGAUUGUGUUCUGCAAGAUUCUGACGGAGUUUGCUAGCAACGCCACAGUGGGGCGCUGUUUACUGGCACUUAUUGCUAAUGUGGGAGUGAAGUCUAAAGUGAACCCACUCUACCUGAUGCUGAGUGCCACCCUCUCCACUUCUCUACCGUUCCACCUGGUCACGGGAACGCCGGCCUACGCGAUGAUAGCAUCUUACGUUCACAUCCCACCAAGAAAACUGAUGGUCGUCGGCAUAGGUCCAUCGCUGUUGGCGAUUGUACUGAACUUGUUUACUGCCUGCGUGUGGUCUAAGGUCAUUUGGCCGGAAAUUGAUUCAUAUCCUGCUUGGGCGGAUGGGAUGAAAAUAAAUAAUAUUCCAUAAUG